AUGAAUAGUUCAAUUCUCUCUCUUUGCAAACAAAUCACACAAGAAUGUUACGAACAUCCAUUGAUGAUAUACUUUAGUAAGCUUAAUAAAGACGAAGUUCCAAAUUAUGAUAAAUACGUUUCAAUGCCUAUGGAUUUUGAAACAAUUCGAACAAGAUUAUCAGACGGAACAUACAAAACCAUGACAGAAUGGUAUAGAGACAUGGCUCUUGUUUUUGAGAACGCAAUGAAAUAUCAUCCAGAAGAUUCUGUUUGGUACAAAAUUGCUGAAUAUGAUCUAUCAAUUUUCAAGAAAAAGGCCGAUGUUCUCAUGUCACAAGAUCCACAAUUAAUUUACGAUAGAAUGAAUUCUGCUUUCAAACAAUUUACAGAAUUACUUACAAAAUCUCCUGUACCACAAGGAAUAGAUCCUCUUGUGCUAUCAGCGAUUAAAAAGGGCUCAGAAUCUCCACAAAUUAAUCAAAAGAUUUUGGACGAGUUGUUGGAACGCUUGAAUUCACUAAUAAAUGAUAAACAAUACAGAAAAGAAAUCUACAUCAUUAUCAAAGAAAUGCAGCCAGAUUUGGAAAUAAAUUCAGAAAAAUCAGAAAUUGAUAUAGAUUCUCUACAGCCAACCACAAUAAAUGCACUACAUUUUUACGUCUGUGCUAAGCCACAAUAA